CGGGAUUCCAAUCCUACUUUCUAUUUAUCAUGGCCAACGUGCUUCAGCCUCAGAUAAAAUAUCAUGUAUUUUCUGACAAAAUUAUGGAUUCAGUGGUUAAUUUUCAGGUGAUGAAACUGAAAGACAGUUUCUAUAUUUGGAUUGGAACAUCUUGUAAGCUUGGAAAUUUAACAGUUGCUAUGCCAACUGAAUUUAGCAGCAUUCCAUCUGGAACCGUUCUCCUUGGUCCAUCAGAUUCCCAUUGUCUCUCCAUUGCACAGCGAUUAGCUAAGAAAACUGGAAAGCAGGUGUUUGUGAGUGGAAAUGUGGACUACAACCAACUAACUGUACCCCUCAUAGAAAAACGAAUCGGACAGGAGUUACAGAACUUUCCUGAAAAAUUCUAUGACCCAAACUAAAACUUUAUAAUAUGCUGUAGCAGUCUGCACAUCUCGUGUUAAGAUUGUUGUUAUCAGUUGAACUUGUUAGUUGAAGAAAGUAUGUAGUACACACAUUGUAUACAACAUGACUGAAAAAUGUUGUUUCAUUUCCAUUUGUGCACUUAAAUACAUCCUUGAAUAAUGUGUCUUUAUGACCAAUAUUGAAUGAAGAUCAAUGGAAAGUUCAUAAAAACAUGAUAUCAAUAUAACUUGUCUUUUUAACUAAAAACUAACAGACUGAACAUUUUGUCUAUAGCAAAUGGUUGAGAGAACACGGUUACUAUGUAUUUAUGACCUUGACCUAGAAAUGGGUUUAUGACAGUACCAGUAUAUAUAUGAUGAAUUUAUGCAUUUGCCAUCUUGUAGGUGAACUCUGAUAUUCGACACAAUCACUGAUUAUAUUACCUAAACUUAGAAAGUAAUCUUAUAUUUAAUAAAAGUCAAAGUUACA